UGGCUCUAGCUCCGGCCGGUACACGCGGAGCGCGCUGGGAGUAGCUAUGGCGGAUGGUCCGGUGGCGGAGGCAUUGCUGCGGCGCCUGGAGGCGGCGGAUGGCGGCCUGGACAGCGCGGAACUGGCGGCCGAGCUGGGUGUGGAGCACCAGGCCCUGGUGGGCACCGUAAAGAGCCUGCAGGCGUUGGGCGAGAUCAUCGAGGCUGAGCUCCGCUCCACCAAGCGCUGGGAGCUUACGGUCGAGGGCGAGGAGAUUGCCCGGGAAGGCAGCCAUGAGGCCCGGGUGUUUCAUAGCGUCCCCCCGGAGGGCCUGGCCCAAAGCGAGCUCAUGCGACUGCCCAGCGGCAAGGUGGGCUUCAGCAAGGCCAUGUCCAACAAGUGGAUCCGCGUGGACAAGAGCACUGCUGAUGGGCCCCGGGUGUUCCGAGUGGUGGACAGUGUGGAGGAUGAGGUGCAGCGGCGGCUCCAGCUGGUCCGGGGUGGACAGGCCGAGAAGCUGGGUGAGAAGGAAAGGAGUGAGCUCAAGAAGAGGAAACUGCUGACGGAAGUGACCCUGAAGACCUACUGGGUGAGCAAAGGCAGUGCCUUCAGCACCAGCAUCUCUAAGCAGGAGGCGGAGCUGAGCCCAGAGAUGAUCUCCAGCGGCUCCUGGCGGGACCGGCCCUUCAAGCCCUACAAUUUCUCGGCCCACGGCAUCCUCCCCGACAGCGGCCACCUGCACCCCCUGCUCAAGGUCCGCACCCAGUUCCGGCAGAUCUUCCUGGAGAUGGGGUUCACCGAGAUGCCGACUGACAACUUCAUUGAGAGCUCCUUCUGGAACUUUGAUGCGCUCUUCCAGCCCCAGCAGCACCCAGCACGCGACCAGCAUGACACCUUCUUCCUGAGAGAUCCUGCCGAGGCCCUGCAGCUCCCCAUGGACUACGUCCAGCGGGUCAAGCGGACGCACUCCCAGGGUGGCUACGGCUCGCAGGGGUACAAAUACAACUGGAAGUUGGACGAGGCCCGGAAAAAUUUGCUUCGGACACAUACCACAGCGGCCAGUGCCCGUGCCCUCCAUCGCCUGGCCCAGAAGAAGCCCUUCACACCAGCCAAGUACUUCUCCAUUGACCGUGUGUUCCGAAAUGAGACCCUGGACGCUACACACCUGGCCGAGUUUCACCAGAUCGAGGGUGUUGUAGCUGACCACGGCCUCACCCUGGGCCACCUCAUGGGUGUCCUGCGGGAGUUCUUCACCAAGCUUGGUAUCACCCAGUUGCGCUUCAAGCCGGCCUACAACCCCUACACAGAGCCCAGUAUGGAGGUGUUCAGCUACCACCAAGGUUUGAAGAAGUGGGUGGAGGUUGGGAACUCCGGCAUCUUCCGCCCUGAAAUGCUGCUGCCCAUGGGGCUCCCCGAGAAUGUGUCGGUCAUUGCCUGGGGCCUCUCGCUGGAGCGCCCUACCAUGAUCAAGUACGGCAUCAACAAUAUCCGGGAGCUGGUGGGCCACAAGGUGAAUCUGCAGAUGGUGUAUGACAGCCCCCUGUGCCGCCUGGAUGCCGGAGGGGGCUCCCUGAAGACAUAGGAGACCACGUGACUUGGGCUGCCAUGGACAGGCCCCUCUCCCCGAGCCCCUGCUGCCCAACCCCUUGCAUCCCUGGCCAGUGAACCCCUUGUAUUUAUGAGGCCUCUGUGAGGCCAUCCCCCUGACCCUAGUAUCUUCUUCCCACCCAUCCCAGAGUCCCAGGGUCAGGAGAGCAGGUAGCACAGUUCGUUCUGAUAUCUACCUAUGAGGGUGGGCCCUGGGGAGCCCUGCACGUAGUUACUCCCUAAUAAAGUGGGCAGUUGCCCUCACCUGGUGCCUUUCCUUAGAGGUGGAGGGGUCUUGUCGGCUUUCCCCAGGUCAGAAUGCUGCUUGGUAGGGAACCUGGUGCGAGUGUGAAGGGUCAUGGGUCGGGGGGCCUCCUGGCCAGCCUCAGCCAGAUCCCCUCCCCGCCUCCAAGGACGAUGAGCUCUGGCGAGCAUUUACUGAUCACCUACUGGUGCCAGGCCCUCUUCUAAGUGAGUGAAACUUAGAAGUGAGUGAAACAGACCCCUGCCCCUCUGGGAGGGACAUUUCGGAGGGCAAGCAAGCUAAGCUUUUAAAAGCUGCCCUGCCCAAAAAAAGACUUUUUAGACCAUUUUUAGGUUUACAGCAAAAUUGAGUGGAAGGGGGAGAUUGCCCACGUGACCCGUGCCCCCACCACACAGCCCAGCCUCCCCCAUCAACAUCCCCCCUCUAGUGGGGCAUUUGUACGACCGAUGAACCUACACUGACACAUCAUCACCCAUGGUCCUUAGAUGACAUGAUGGUUAACUGUUGUACGUCCUAUGGGUUUGGACAAAUGGAUGAUGACAUCAUUAUGGUGUCAUACAGAGUAUUUUCACUGCCCUGAAAGUCAUCUUCAGGUAUUACACCUGUUCAUCCCGCCACACCCUCCCCAAACGCUGCUCUUUAAAAAAAUUCUUGUAAGGAUUUCAGGUUAGCUCAGAAUAGAGAGAUGAACAAGAUAAGGCUCCAGGAGCCCAGCACUCCUAUUAAACAGUGGUUGGGAUCUCACAUUUGAGCUUCAUCGCCCGUGUGUUUCUGUGGAAGUAUUUUAAAGCAAAUUCCAGCUGCCAUUGUCACUCGCCCCAUGUCUUAAGGGGUAGUGCAUUUUUGGAAAUGUAGACACUGGCACAGCCAGCAAAGUUGACAGCUGAGGCCAUGGGCUUCACUGGACCCAGGGCCCUGUGGGCACCAAUCUCCCAAGGGCACUUUAGUCAAAUUUUUUUUUCCCCUGCCUUUCUUCUGCCUCCCCUCCCCACUCCGGCUCAAUCUGUUGUUUCUCAGACUAGUUGUGUAGGACACAGCUCCCUGGCCCAUGCUGGUAUUAUGAGCCUUCCGCUUCCCCCUGGCUGAGGCAACCGGUCACCAAUGGUCGGUGGGCCGUUCACAGCAGCUCACGCUGGCUGCCAGCCACUCACGGACUCACGGUAGCACACGGUAACCCACAGCCCCGUGGCAGUUCACACCAACCUCUGGCUGCUCACAGCAGCCCAGCUCCAGGGACAGCUGUUGUUCACAAUGUUAGCUAUAGAGGGCGCAGCUCACUGGCCCAUGUGGGAAUCCAACUGGCGACCUGGGCGUUAGGAGCACGGUGCUCCAACCACCGGAGCUACUGGGCUGCCCCCAGUCAAAUCUUUUUAUUUCAAGUAAUUCAGUCAUGCAGAAAAAUCCUGAUUCAUGCAAUAAAUGCACACUUCCCUAAGUGCCAGCGCUCACUGUUCAUAAAAUGAAGUCUCCUCAUGGGCCAAAGUGGACUUAGUUUGAUACCGUCUGGAGCUGACAUGGGGAGGACACAUGGGAAACAUGAUAAACAAAGAAAUGGAGCGGGUAAAGGCCUUACUGAAAAACAAAGGCAGCUGAGUAGGGUGGAGAAUAUAAAAUAAAGCAGAAUUCAACAAACACCUGGGAAUCCACUCCACGCCCUAUUCGAUAGAAUCUAAACAUUAACUAUAGCAGUUGCUUUGGAUCUUCUUUUUAGGUCUAAGUGACCAAUGGGUUUGAAGACCCUGUGAGCUUAUCCUAGUUCCUUCCCCCCCCCCCCGCUGACGUUAUUAUCCUUCCUGAAUUUGGCGUUCAUCAUUCUCGUGUUUUAACAUUUUUACUACUUGUAUGUGUGAUUUUCAUAAGACAUUUCAUUUUUCGCAUUUUUAAAAGUUAUACAAAUGGUGCACCAUAAAAAUC